CUUCGUCAGUGCGUUGCUCUCACGGCCGAGUUACUUCAGGAAACUAGAGUUACACAGCCGCACGAAUUGAAUUUAUAUUUUCACGUCUAAUUGUGUCUUUGUCAAAAUUGAGACGCAAAGAAAUUGUUGAAUAUCGCCAAAAACUCGAUAGCACGUGUAGCGUGUAAAGCGAGCGUGAUAUACAUAUCUAACUCUAUAUCUAUAUACCUAUACAGUAUCGAAGAGUGUAUUGUCUUUUAAUCGGGUGACGUUUCUGGCAAUCUGGCAUCGUUAAUUAAAGUAUACUCCUCUAAUUGGUACCGGAUCAAAUAGAUACAAUGAGCUUCAAAGUUCUGAUAAAGAUUUGCGAGACAGGCAUCUUCCAGCGCGUCUCUGGACAGAAGCCAGGAUGGAUUUCUGUGGCAAGGUGCUUCAGCACCACUAUGUCUCGUACCGUGCUCAAGGACUCGCCAAAUGCGGCCCUCGACAAGUCUCUCCUACAGCGUUAUAUAGAUCUUCCUCAGCCAGAUAACAAAGUGCAGGCGAAAUACAUCUGGAUUGAUGGAACAGGCGAGGGACUUCGAUGUAAAUCAAGGACUCUGGAUUUCAUUCCGAAGGAUCCGAAGGAAUUACCUAUGUGGACCUAUGAUGGCAGUUCAACGUAUCAAGCUGAAGGAGGCAACAGCGAUAUCUUCCUGUCUCCAGUAGCAAUCUACAACGACCCAUUCCGUCGUGGAAACAACAAGUUGGUUCUAUGCGAUACCUAUACCAGUGACAAGACUCCAACCAAAUCCAAUCGACGAUAUAAGGCCAAUGAAGCCAUGGAGGCUAUCAAGGAUGUGGAACCAUGGUUUGGCAUCGAACAGGAGUACACGUUCUUAGACUUCGAUGGCAGACCUCUCGGUUGGCCCAAAAACGGUUUCCCAGGUCCACAGGGCCCUUACUACUGUGGUGUAGGAGCUGACAAAGUUAUCGGCAGGGAAAUCGUUGAAGCUCAUUAUAGAGCUUGUCUUUAUGCUGGAAUCAACAUUGCUGGCACUAAUGCUGAGGUUAUGCCUUCGCAGUGGGAGUUCCAGGUUGGACCAUGUGUUGGAAUCAGUGGUGGCGAUGACCUCUGGGUUGCCAGGUUUCUCUUGCAUCGUAUAGCUGAAGAAUAUGGUGUGAUCGUUACUCUUGAUCCAAAACCUGUUGAGGGAGCAUGGAAUGGUGCUGGAGCACAUACGAAUUUCUCAACCAAGGCAAUGCGUGGGGAGAAUGGCAUUGCGGAAAUUGAAAAAGCUAUUGAUAAGCUUAGUAAGAAACAUUUGAGACAUAUCCAGGCCUAUGAUCCUCGUGGAGGAAAAGAUAACGAGCGUCGCCUCACUGGACAUUGCGAGACCAGCAGUAUACAUGACUUCAGCGCUGGUGUUGCUAAUAGGAAUGUCAGUAUUCGUAUUCCUCGCGGUGUGGCCGAAGACAAAAAGGGAUACCUCGAAGAUAGAAGACCUAGCAGUAAUUGUGAUCCCUAUGCAGUUUGUGAAGCUUUGGUGCGCACUUGCGUUCUAAAUGAGUAAAUUGUUCCUUUCUUCAAAUACUGCAUUAUUUUAAAUACUCCAAACAUCGCAGUAUUUUAAGAAAGAUGUUAUUUAUAAGGAUGAGUUAAGUAUUUACUCAUUAAGGAAUUCUAUAAGCGCACUAUUAUCCCCUACAUGAAAGUGCUCGUUUGUUACGUUAUUAAAUAAAUCGUUCUAAGGAUAUUUAAUAGAAA